AUGGCCAGUGAAGAUAUCAAAGAGCACGUAAGCACCGGUGGUGCUCAAGAAAACGGCUCCGACCAAAAAGGUGCUGAAAAUGAAGCUCAGGACGUUGAUAUGUUAGCAGGUCAACACGAUGAAGAUGUCGAGGAAGAAGAAGAGGAAGAAGAGGAGGUUGAUAAAGAAAAGAUAAAGAUACUCUCCAGUGCUACUUCGGAAGAUGGUAAAUGUGCGUCUUUCCAGAUCUCAGAGGAAGAUCACACGUUGGGAAACGCCUUACGCUACAUUAUAAUGAAAAACCCAGACGUUGAGUUUUGUGGGUACUCGAUACCACACCCUAGUGAAACCCUGCUAAAUCUUAGAAUACAAACGUACGGAGAUUCUACGGCAGUGGAAGUGCUUCAAAAGGGGCUUCAAGAUUUGAUGGACCUGUGCGACGCUGUCGAGGACAAGUUCACCCAGCGCAUCCGUGAGAUGUAG